AUGUCUUCCCGCCCUCAGAACAUUGGCAUCAAGGCCAUUGAAAUCUACUUUCCUAGCCAGUGCGUGGACCAAGCCGAAUUGGAGAAAUUCGAUGGCGUUAGCCAGGGGAAAUACACCAUCGGUCUCGGCCAGACCAAGAUGAGCUUCUGUGAUGACCGUGAAGAUAUCUACUCCCUCGCCCUCACCACCCUUUCCUCCCUCUUGCGCAAAUAUGAAAUCGACCCCAAGUCAAUAGGCCGCUUGGAGGUCGGGACUGAGACCUUGUUGGACAAGUCCAAAUCCGUCAAGUCUGUUUUGAUGCAGCUCUUUGAGGAGUCGGGCAACUACAAUGUCGAGGGUGUCGAUACAGUCAAUGCCUGCUACGGAGGCACCAAUGCUGUUUUCAACAGCAUCAAUUGGGUCGAGUCGUCUGCCUGGGAUGGCCGCGAUGCCAUUGUGGUCACUGGCGAUAUUGCUCUGUACGCCAAGGGAAAUGCCCGUCCCACUGGUGGCGCUGGCUGUGUCGCCAUGGUCAUCGGCCCCGAUGCUCCGCUCGUGUUUGAACCCGGUCUGCGUGGUACCUACAUCACCCACGCCUACGACUUCUACAAGCCCGACUUCACCAGCGAGUAUCCCUACGUUGAUGGCCACUUCUCCCUCAGGUGCUACACCGAAGCUGUCGAUGCUUGCUACAAGGCCUACAACGCUCGCGAGCACACCCUGCAGGAGCGCAACGGAAUCAACGGCGUGGUUUCCGGUGAUCAGACCCCCAUUGAUCGCUUCGACUACGUCCUAUUCCAUUCCCCCAACUGCAAGCUCGUUGCCAAGUCCUACGCGCGCAUGCUCUACAACGACUACCUCGCUAACCCAUCCCACCCUUCUUUUGCCGAAGUCCCCGCCGAGAUUCGUGAUGUGGACUACGAAAAAUCGUUUAGCGACAAGACCAUUGAGAAGACCUUCAUGGCCCUGGCUAAGAAGCGCUACAACGAGAGAGUGCUGCCAACCAUUGAGGUUGCCACUCAGUGCGGUAACAUGUACACUGCCAGUGUCUACGGAGGCUUGGUCAGUCUCUUGUCCAACAUCGCUUUCGACCCCAGCGCACCAAAGCGCGUCGGUCUCUUCAGCUACGGCAGUGGUCUUGCCAGCUCGCUGUUCAGCUUGAAGGUUGUUGGUGAUGUUUCUGUCCUGGCCAAGAACCUUGAUCUUCACAACCGCCUGAAUGCCCGUCUUGUUGUUCCUCCUUCUGACUACGAUGCUCUUUGCCUGCUCCGUGAGCACGCCCACCUAAAAAAGAACUUCCAGCCAGCCGGCAAGACGGAGACUCUGGUCCCUGGCACUUACUACCUCACCGACAUCGACGAAAUGUUCCGUCGCAAGUAUGCUGUCAAGGCAUAG